AUGUUACGGGUUUAUUACACCUUAAUUAUCGCUCUUUUAACGACUCUAACUGAUCAGGUGAGUGAUGGAACAACCACGUCAAGCAAUGAAUGCCCAUUCAAUUCAGUGGGCGCAACAUACUUUUCACAAUAUAAUGUCAUCACAACAGGAGAUUUUAGCAGUACAUCAAACAUUGAUGGAGCAACAGCUGUAAAAUCAUUAACAACGCAAUCUGAAUUACGUAACCCACCAAUUCAAUUUCCAUGCGUCGCUACAGUAGAAAAGGCUCCAGUGUCAACCUCGUCGUCGUCGACCACAACUAAAGCCACCAUUACAUCAACUGAUGCUCCAACAACAACAACGACUAGGACUACUACUACAGAGAAACAGGCCGCAGUUGUGAUUCCUUCACCAGGUGAUCUAUGGCAAGACUCUGCUAAACUGAUCUAUGCCCCCUAUGUGUUGGUUAUUUCUGCUGGAUCAUCGUUUGCACUGUGGUCCACUCUGGCGAACGUCGGCCAGCACGCCAAUCUUGUACCCGAAUAUUGGACGGAAAUUGAACUUAACAAGUCCUGGAAACAUAAAGGAUAG